AUGACAAUCUGCAAAUUCUACCAGCAGGGCUAUUGCCGCAACGGAAAUGCCUGCAGAUUCGAGCACCCUCCAAAAGGAGGUAACCAACAACAAAAUUAUAACAGAUUCGGUGCCCUCUCUGGGCAACAAAACCAGGGGAUGAAUUCGCGGGCAGCGGAUGCCCCUAGCUAUCCCGGCCUGACUGCCGAAGCAAUUGGCCGCGACCUUCGCGACGAGCUCCCGACCUGGAUCCUGUCCUGCUACGGCCCCGGAAGGGAUGCACCGGAACAGCUAUGGGGCGGCUACCCACGGGAGCAGAGCCCCGAGGAAAUACGGUUGCACUUCAUGAAGGGUCAGGCGGCGGGAAAUCCCCAGGGCGCGCUCAAUGAUAUCCAGCAACUGUACCAGACGGCGCAGCAGCAGAUUGAACAUACCCUUGGCAAUCUCCCGAUGGCGAUCCAAUACGUUAUGGACGGGGCCAAGAAGCACCCCAACCGGUUAGACAUUUGCAAUCAAGGGUCGUCAGGUGUUGCAGGAGCUGGUGCAUCGUCUGGGGGCGGUGCCGUCGGCGGAAACAAUGCAUUCCAACAGCGGAACCAGCCGGUCAAUAAUCCGUUUGGAGCUCCCGCUACUCCUGCAGCGGGCAAUAAUGCCUUUGGGCAGCCUGCUGCGUUGGGCCAGAAACCGAACCCAUUCGGCACGCCCGCUGCUUCUACAACACCUUUUGGCCAGCCUGCUCAGCAAGGAGGACCUGGUUUUGGCCAACCGUCAGCAUUAUCAAAUCCAUUCGGGAAGCCUGCAGCGCCUGGAUUUGGCCAGCCUGCCGCGUUGGGAGGUUCGACCCCUUUCGGCGGUGCUGCACAACAACCAGCUGGGGCGUUUGGACAGACGAGCGCGCUGGGAACCAAGCCGAAUCCCUUCGGCGCACCGGCAUCGUCACAACCAUCACAACCUGCGUUUGGGCAAUCUGGGUUCGGUCAGCCCGCGGCGCUUGGUGCCCGGCCAAACCCUUUUGCAGCAGCAGCUCAAGCUGGUGGACAGGGCGGAUUUGCGGCUUCACAAGCGACGCCUGCGAACAAUCCUUUUGGCCAACCAGCCCAGCAACCUCAGCAAAACCAGGCCGCACCCAACCCCUUUGGCCAAGCGGCAAACAACCAACAACAGAAUAACCCAUUCGGACAACCGGCCCCAGCAGCCGCGAAUCCAUUCGGUGAACCAUCCGCUCCCGGAGUCUCCGGAAGGCCUAAUCCGUUCGGCCAACCUCAGCAACAGCAACCAGCCCAACCAGCCCAACAGCCGCAACAAGCAGCAAACCCCUUUGGCGGAUCUCUCGCAACCGGCCCUCCCGCCAACCCUUUCGCAGCAGCAGCAGCAGCAGCAGCCCAGCCCUCCGCAGCACCCAACCCCUUUGCCAACGCCGCCGCUCCCGCGCCCGCAGCCGCAGCUCCCAAACCCGCUCCCGGCACCGGCCCCUACCCCCCCGGUUCCACCCGCCAACACCCCGACAUCACCACCUACGCCUCCUUCAACCCCGACAAAACCCUGCGCAUGUACAAAGGCAAACCCGUCUACUACGAGGAACCGAAAGGCGGCGGAAAGCCGGUGCCGUGCCUGCGGAACUUUGACGGGAGUAUGGUGCGCAUCUGGAUGCCGAAUGGCGCGCCGGUGUAUACCACGCAGACGGAGGCGCCGCCGGAGAAGUACCAGGAUCCGGGGGUUAUGCAGCAGUGGAUGGCGUUUGUGGAGACGGGGAGGUUUGCCGGGGGGGUCAUGCCGGAGGUUCCGCCGAAGAGGGAGUUUUGUACGUGGGAUUUUUAG